UUUAGUAUGAAAUUAGUUUCAAGGUAGAGUUUACAUGUUCUAACAUCGAAAUAUUUUCUCAAAAACGUAAUUAUUAGUUUGUGAUUUUAUCAAAUAAUAAUAAAAUAAUGUAAAGGAAUUUGUUCUAUUGUUUUAAAUUCUAAAGUCUCACGUCUGUUUUGUUAACUAAUCAUUUGUGUAAAACCUUGAUACAAUAAUUUGGGUUUUUAUGAAUUAUAUAAGUUCGAAUUAACAUAUAUUUACGAAUAAAAUUGCUUGAUUACGGUUCAAAUGGAGUUGUAAAAAAUAAAAUCAUGGCUGAAGUAAAAAAGGAUUUUUUCAGGGACACAUGGGUUCGUUAUCUUGGGUACGCGAACGAGGUGGGGGAGUCCUUUCGGUCGGUGGUGCCCGCUAGGGUGGUGCGCGCCAGCUACAGCGUCGCCUUCGCGUACGUCCUCGCCGAUACUGGUCACAAGGGCUGGGAAAUGGUCAAGAAAGACGGUCGGCCGCGCAUGGUAGUGGUGGAGACUUCGGACGCGCUGCUGUGGCAGACGUUAGCUUCGGUCAUUAUACCCGGCUUUACUAUUAACAGGAUAUGUGCAGUCUCCAAUUCUCUACUAACAAAACACGCAAAGAAAAUACCGCCAAAUGCCAGGAAUUGGGUCACUGUGGCCAUUGGCUUGGCAUCCAUUCCUGUCAUCGUGCAUCCCAUAGACGCGGGGGUGACAGUCCUCAUGGAUAUGACGUACAGGAAGUGGGUGAAGUCAUAGUCUACGGCACUUCCGGUUUGUUAGGAAAUUGAACGUUUGCGCUAUUCGCUUGGCUUGGUAGGAUGUGGAUGCUUAUGUUAGAAAAUGGUAGGGUAUGAAGAAACUUUGAAAUGUUAUUAUGAUUAGUUGCAAGAUAAAAAAUAUUUUUCAACACAGGAUUUCAACGUAUUAUUGUGUUCAUUAACAAUAAUUAAGUUAUUUAUAAUUUCCAUGUUGGUUUAAAUUCGGGACAAAACUUAUUACAAUAUUAUUUAAAAUUAUAUUUCAUGAAUAUCUUCCUAAAAAAAAAGGAUAAGACGUUACUUUGAUUUGUAAAAUAAGUAGUAAAAUUCUGAAUUCAUAAAAUACAAUAAAAAUAGAGUUAGUGUCGUAUCGAAGUAUUUUUACGCAUUUUUUAUUGACUGCUAACGCCAUCUAUAUCGCCCUGUAAGAACUAUCAAAGUAAAUAUAGUUUUGCGUUUAUUGCGAUAGAUGGCGUUAACUACUCAAAUAGGUUGUAGUUUCUGGAUUUACAAUAAAAAUUAAACUUGACCUAUGGGCGUGAAAUUUAUGUGAUUCAACUAAUUUUUACUUUAAAUGGACCAAAUAUUGUGUUCUAUAACUUAAAUCAGUAUUAAUUAAAGAAUAAUUUAAAGAAAAAAUUAAGAACUUGCAAACAAUAAACUAAUCAGCAAUUUAUUGUUAUAUCUUCAUGUAAAUAAUAUAUUUCAUAAUAUGAAGUAAUUCAUAGAAUUACUAAUAUACAUAUAUAGUAUACUAAUAAUAGUAUUAGUAUACUAUAUAUGUAUAUUAGUAUACUAUUAUUUUUGCAUAAAAAUUCAUGGUGAUAUAAAAUAAAAUAUGUUUAAAGUGUGCAAGUUCUAAAAAUAUUCUUAUAAAAAAGCAAAGGAAUAUUGUAAUAAAUGAGCGUUAUAUUCAGUGUCGGAUUUAGUAAAAAAUGUGGAUGAAAUAUUAAUAAAUAUUUUAUUAGUUACAAUGCACCCAACUAACAGUAAAUUAUCUAAUAGUUUUUUUUAUGCUGUGAAUUUCUCCGUUAUUUUAAGCCCUUUUUACAAAAAUUCUGAGUUGGCUUUAAAUAUCACAAAAUGAAUUAUGGGUACGAAAAUAUCCUAUUUUAACUAGUUCUAGAGUCUAUUUUAGGGUAAAUAAUCAAGUGAAUUCUGUAAACUAGGGUUCUGGAUAACUGCAAUAGGAAUUUACCACUUAAAAAAUAUUAUUCUAUAUUAAUAAAGCGGCCUAUUUAAAGUAUUGGAUUUAUUUAUUACCGAUUAUUUUGAUGAGUAUUUGUUCUGACUUAAAUAAAGUAUGGGACUCAGUGGGCCCACAUUACCCCCUCUAAAUCCGGCACUGUGAAGCCGAUGGUAAAUCUGGAGGACAAUUUGGAUUGUAAAAGUGUCCUUAAUUUUGUAACAAUAAAGAUCUGGCACAAAAAUAAUUAUUUAUAUUUAAGUGUACGUUUUGAGGCUUAACAUCUAGUUUGAGUGACAAGCUUUCAGCAAAGUUAGUGGUGUUUCUACUGUAUACAGGUAGUGGAAGCUUCCCACAAGGCCUUGCUCGUCGCGUCAUUCGGAUGUAAAAAAUAUUUAAAUUUGUACGUAGGCUUACUAUGAAAUGACGGUGUAAAAAUUAACUCCCUUAUUCAUAGACGUUAUUUAUCUAAGGACGGAGUAUCGCUGUGAUAACAACUCUGUUUCUCAGUGCUGACGGUAUGGCAGCCUUCGCAGUGCGUAGCCAUAGGGCCGUUGUGAUUGGCUAAUAUUGAGAUACAACAAUAAACAAUAGCUUUACUCCGUCCUUAGAUAAAAAACGUCUAUGAGUAAGAGGGUAAAAGAAAAUAUUCCGGUUGUUGAUAUAAUUUUAAACAUAAUAAUGCUAAUUGUAUUUCAAAACAUUGCAUGGUAGUGCAAAGAAUUGUUAAAGAUAGAUAAUAGAGAGCCAGAUAAAAUAAAGACCUCAUUUCGCGAAUUAAUAAGAAAUGUGUAAAAUUUAUUUUGUGUCUGGGUAUUACUGGACUGAAAAAUUAAGUUGAUACUCACAAUAAAGACUUUAAAUUUUGUUUUGAGUCGAUAUAGCGCCAUAAUUGAUGUUAUUAUCCAAAUAUUUUUACUGGUGGUACGAUAUAUUUUAUAUCCGCCUGGAUAGAAUCCACCGUACACAAGGUGUUAAAACCUGCCAUAGUGGCCCACGUAAGUGUGUCGCGUACCGGGAUUGGCCUCUGUACAUCUGAUUCUAACAGGCCGGCAUAAUUAUAUCGAUUGUCGAGGGGUAAUCAUCUCUCGUUAGUCGACAUUCACUUAUCAAAUGCAGUGGGGACACUGCCGUGCGCGUAUGAAAAAUCUUACCGUGAUUUCAUAGUAGAUACCCAUAAGUUAACCAGACUGCGAAAAAUUGCGUUAAUAGAUAAAGUUGAAUAGUAGAAAGCUUUAUUAGUAUUUUAGCGGCUGUGGUUUAUUAAUUCCGUAGUUAAUUAGUAUUUAGCAUUGCAAUUAUAGUUUUAUGUAGACUGGAAAAUACCUCUCGUCAGUGGCGGCCUUAGCUGACGCGAUUCCCAAAACAAAAGGAAAAGCAACGACGCGAGGCCCUGGCUGAAAGCAAAAAUACCUGACGCAGAGCUUAGGGUGAAGCAAAAAAAAAACCGAUGCGUGGCCUCGGAUGAAAAAAAUAAAACUGACGCAAGGCCUCGAAGAGACAAAAAAUGCUUCCCAAUUUUAAACAGUUUCGUAAGGUGCUCAGAAAUGGUUCUGCAAGGCAAUGCGCGAGGCCCUGCUUCGCUUCUCCUAGGGUCGCCACUGCCUCUCGUUAAGAAAAUGUUGAAUUACUUCGAAAUAUGUUUAUAAAUGAACGAAGUAGACUAAACUAGUCUUUUAAAGUAAGUCGUAAAAUUUUGGGCAAUUUUUCAAUGUUAUGAGUAAUUUUCAACAUUUUUUCUCUCCCUAAGUACCUUCUAUAAAGUAUUAAAAAAUAAAAAAAAAAUAUAAUAAUAUGGGCUACGUCGUUCUCAAGUUAUGGCGUGACCAACACAAAAAGAGAUUAAUUUUUACAUAUUUUAUUUUAUUUUACAAUAUUUGGGAAACUUACAGUUAGUACAACUCAUAGAAAAAGAUACUGUCAAAGAGGGCCAAUUACAUACUAUGUGUGUAGGUAUUACCACUAAGAGCCUAGUUAACCAUGUCUAAGGUAGUAGUUGAAAUGUUCUGGUAAAGUUGUAUAAAAAUAUAUAUUUUUUUAAACAGAUAGCGACAAUUCUCUCUGACUAUCUGCCCUUUGCAAACGAUUCCAAUCGCUUUUUUAUCUAUUUCAAAAAUGGACCAAUCAGAACAAAAGUUUUUUUUUGACAUUACAAAUGAGUUAUUUUGAUUUGUUCAUUAUCGGAAUUUGAUUGAAGAUUGAGGCUAUAAAUUGUAUUUUUUCUGUUAUUUCGUUUACUUUAUAAAGUUCUCUACAAAAGAAUUUUACUACGAGAGGUCUUUAUUCUUAUUAGGAAACUAUAGAAUUCAGAUUUGAAACGUAGUACGCGUAAAAUAAUAUGCAUAUUAUAUACCACGUUUGCAAAUUACAAAUAAUAAAUUCUCAAUUAUAACUCAUUAUUUUCGUAAACAACUAAUUCAACGUAUUGUAAUAAAGUAAAUAAAAGGAUUUGUGCAGUUUUUAUUACCAGGAAAAUAAAAACCUCGCCAUAUUGUAGGAAAUAUGGAACUAACUUCUUGUAUUGACAAUAGUAACUUUUAAACGCAAAAGUGGCGCCCUCAAGCAGGUUUCUCAUUUUCCUGGUCAAGUUAUAUAUAAUACCGCAGCUAUAUUACCAGAAAUAAGUUAUACAAGGCUUUAAAUGAUUUAAUCGCAAUGAUGAAUUGUUAUUGUAUUAUACACGUUGACUAAUAAAUUUUAGAUAUGA